AUGUCAGAAGACGAAAUAAACCCAGAACUACUUCCCAUCACCAUUUCCGCAAAUACUUUAACUCCAAAUCCUAAUGCUUCACGUUUCGAUCUCCUUUACUCCACUAUCGAAGCCACCAUCCAAGAUGUGCAAGCUCGACCUGAGAUUCAUCGCCCGGACUCCAUUAUAAUUACCGAUAUUACAAUCCAAGAAGGUGAACGACUCUUUGACAUGCUUGAUAAAAAUUUCGAGUCGAGAGGGAUCCGAAAGACCCUCAAUACGCGCAACAGAACCUUGGGGAUCAAGCUGUGA